GCGCGGCGGCUGAGGGAUGGCGGGGCUGGAGCGCGGCGCCCGGCUCCUGUGGGCCGCGCUAGUGCGGCGGGCGGCGCGGAGGGGCCUGCCUUGGCUGCUGAUCCUGCUGCUGCUGCUCGGCUCCGCCGCCCGCGCGCUGGGGCUGCCGCCGCCCUCCUACCUCAGCCUCAAGAGCAACCUGCUCAACGUCUACUUUGUGAAACUGGCCUGGGCCUGGACGUUUUGGCUGUUGCUUCCCUUCAUCGGAGUCACCAACUAUUGCCUCACCCGGAACGUGCAGGAUGUUCUGCGGCGCCUCAGUACCCUGCUGGUGGGCACUGCUGUCUGGUACAUCUGCACCCAGUUCUUCAUGUACGUUGAGAAUCUCACUGGCAGCUGCUACAAGUCCUCAGCACUAGAUGUGCUGCAUCGGGAGCACCAAAACAAGCAUCAUUGCCACCAGGCCGGUGGCUUUUGGCAUGGCUUCGACAUCUCGGGCCACUCCUUCCUCCUAACAUACUGUGCCCUAAUGAUUGUGGAGGAGAUGGCUGUGCUGGAAGUCCUGAACACAGACCGGAGCUCUAGAUUGCAUGGUGUGGUCAAUGCCCUCUUUGUUGCCUUGAGCUUUCUGGUCGCUAUUUGGGUCUUGAUGUUUUUGAGCACUGCUGUAUAUUUCCAUGACUUCUCCCACAAAUUGCUUGGCACGCUAGUGGGCCUGUCAGCCUGGUAUGGGACAUACAGAUUCUGGUACUUGAAACCUGUGUCUCCUGGACUUCCUCCCCAGAAUACUUGCUUGAGUUCAAAGAAGUCCAGUUAUAGCAGAUAAAAAAAAAAAUUCUGUUUCCUAUUUUGUUUUAAAUACAGGAUUGGCUAUGAUUUUUUUUUUUUAUAGGAAGGAACGUAUUAAGGGGAGGGGAAUUAAAAAACCAGAUGUCUUAGUUUAAUGGUCCCCGGAUGGUUACAGUCCAGUUCCUGGUGUCACAGACUGCCACCCAGGAAUAGGAGUAACUGACCAGGUAAUGGGUGAUCUUGGCAAAAAAAUCAGCCACAAAGUGCCCUUUUCCCUUCUUCAGGGUUCCACCGGGACAAUCAAGUGUAUUGGCAAGAUGUGGUAGGGGAAGCUUACAUUGCUGCUACCUUUGCUGUACCUGUUCUGUGGAGAAACAGGGAAGAUUAAAGAUUGACAGACAGCCCCUUUUCCCUCCCUCCCUCCAUUGUUUUUUUUAAGACAGAAGAUUUUAACAAGGUCCAAAUCUUGAGCUAACUUUAAUUGCUGACUUUUUGUUUUAACUCUCCACUUCUAAUCUUUCCAGUUGUGCCAGAGGCAGUGCAAAGCUGCUAACUAUUGCAACAAAUGUGUAGUUGGCAAGAAUACUUUAACAAGGAGAAUGCAGCUCCAUUGCAAAACUGCAGCACCUGUAAGUGUUACAGUCUUUCCAUAAAUUCUUACCAGCCCUUGCUGCUAGAGUAAUUUUUGUUUUUGAGGCCCGACGUCUGACACUAGUUCUUAAAUGUAAAUUUUCUGUCUCCUGUCAACCUUUUAAAAUGAAAGGCCCAAAAUGAGUUUUAUCUCAUUAGAUAGCUUAUUUUUUCCUUAAAUAAUGGUGGGUUUUUUGCUCUUUAUUCAUAACACUAAUUUAAAAAAAUCAGAAGCCAUAAUGAGAGAACUCCUUCAGGUACUGUUAAUGUCUUAAAUUACUUCAUUUCUUGUACAAAAGUUUGGGAGCAAUUUUAGACAUUUAUUCAGCUUCUGUACUUGCAACUGAAAUACCGUUUUAUGUGUUCUUUUUGGAAAUGCAAUGAAGUUCUGAAGGUCAGGUAACAAGCAUGCUAACUGAUUUUUGCACUGACUUGAAUCAGUAUUUUGUUGUUCUUGAGAACUAUAUAGAGCACAGGAUUGUUUUUUUCCAAGGUUAUUUUAGUAAUAUGCAUACAGAUAUUUAUUCAUGUCCUGUCAGUAUCAGUAAGCUCUUUCAUUUUGAAUGCAUGUUAAAUGUUGUCUAUUGCUGAUGUGGCAAAACCUGUGGCUAGUAAAACCCAAUUACAUUAUAGAAAGCACAGAUAUACAUUGAGUUGGACACUAAGGGUAUUUUUUAACCAGUACUUUUUAAUUGUUUUAUGAAAGGCUUAUUUGUGUUAGGAACAAACAAAUCAAAAUAAGUUUUUCAGCUGUAACAGCAUGUCCAACAUGCUACCAAACAGCCUUUGUCUCAGCUAAAAUUUAGAUAUUUGUAGUAGUAUGAUAAUGGACCUAAAUUUUCUUCAGACCUCAAUUCUGAGUACAGUGUUUUGCUGCCUUUUAGAACAAGGUGAUCCAUAACCUAAUCUGGGUAUAUAUCAUAUUGCCAUUUCAAUUUCCUGGCCAAAGAGAGGGUUAGGUCCACAAACACUAACAGCUUAAUAUCUCAUUUGGGGCCUGUUCCUAUGAAUUGCUGAAUUCCUAUUGAUUUCAUUGGUAACUAAAAUUACUUAGGUAUUCCAAGAAGGUACAGACAUGAGAAUCAGGCUGUCUUAUGAGAUCCCUGUAAAUAGGUGUAAAGUACAGAUUUGUAUUUUGACUUCAUUUUGGCUGCUGACAGACGUGAAACCCCAGAACAGUGCUUUACCAGAAGAGGCAUUGCAUCAGUUUGACCCAGCUCGCCCAACGUCCGUAUAGAUCACAUGCUUCAGCAGGACUUUUUGGCAUUUUUAUCUAAUAGCUGAUUGAAUUGGCUAUUAGAUGAAAGCCCCAAAAAGCCCUGCUGAUGCUCAUGAUCUCUACAGACAUUGGGCAAGCCAGGUCAAACUGAUGCUGUGCCUCUUCUGAGCAUGCUUGGCAUGGGGGUAUGCUGAGCUGAAAGUGAAGUGCUGUUUUGUUUAGGUUUGUUUUUUUUUUCAUGUCUGUAAACGACCUUUGUUUUGGUGUCAGAUCACCAUUAUGUUUACACUGCUGUGCCUAGGGAUUAUCUUCAAGGGAAGGCUAUGCCAGUUAAAAUUAUGUUGGGGUUUAAACUGAUAUAGUAAAAUUAGUUCAGAUCUAAUUUAAAGUGAACACUUAUAUUUUGGUGUAAUUUAAACCUGUUUGUAUUAGAUUCCAACUAAACUGAAUCAGUUUCUCUGUAUGGAAAUGAUGCUUUACAUCAGAUUUACUAAAUCAGGUUUAGAUUCCCAUCCUAGGUUAUUUCCUGGCAACUUUCCUGUCUAGGCAAGUUCUAAGAGGAACCCCAGUAGCUUUGAGAACUAUAUGCUAAGUGCCUUUGAAAGCUUAAUUGUAUAUUAAAGUGUGCCCUGGAAAUGCAUGGUUGAUGUAGUCUGUUUACAGACACUUCUAACCACCUAUCCAGUGUGUCAUAAUGGUAUAUUAUUGUGAAUAAUAUGGUGAGGGAUAGGUGUGCUUAAUACUUUAUGGAACCUCAACAGUAGUAUUUUCCUCAAGAGUAACUGAUCAAAAUCACCAAGGGAAUUUGCCAGGGAGUCUGAGCAAGGUUCCAUUUCUGGAGUCUGUAAAGAUAAUGGUCUGAUUCUACUGCUUAUGCUCAUGAGUAAUCAAGGGGCUCCUGGUGUGGAUAAGGACUACUGAGGUGUGUACGCAUUGUAGGGUCAGACCCUCUUUGUCCCUCAGGAUUGCCAUGGUGCAAUAUAGCAUGUUUUCAAAAGCAUCUGGUAUAAAAAUGUAUGAGCAAAGCAAGCCUUACAGUGUGCACCCAUUGUAUGGGCAGAUUUGCAGCACGCAUACCUUAUGUAUCCAUGAUCAAAAUCCAGUUCCAUUGAGCUUAAUGGGCUUUGGACUUCACUCUUUAUGUAUUUGGAAGUCUAUGUGUUAUAUAGGGGCCACCCAUUUACUGAUGGCUCAGACACUGGAACUUGUCUUUUUAAUUUGUACUUCAGGCAAAAGACCUUAAACUCAGUGUUGUUCUAAUAGCUGGCUAUAGAAGUCAGAGGUUGGGCAAUCUUCUGUCCAUGCAUUUAGCAUAAUUUUUGUUCUCUUUCAUCUCUUCUGUGGAGAGGAAUGAAUGCGUAUCGCUGGGGAAAAAUCCAGUCCGUACACUUUUGGGAUAAGUUUGCAUGGAGCACAAACCUCUGCUCUAAGUAGAUGGAUUUGAUGUGGAUUUUUGCCAAAAUGGACAGAUCAUUUCCAGCACUUGUCAGACAUGAACUGUGAGUUUUAAGAAAACAAAAGACUGUAAAAAGUUUUACAGGACAAAGUCUUGUAGUAGAUGCUUAUAGGAAGCAACUUGUAAUCAUGAAACUGUAGCUCAUAAUAUCCUCAUUUUCUUCUCUUCAUUAAAAGUCACUACAGUUCCUGUC